AUGAACCGCGCGGAACUUGGGCUGAAAUUCAAGCCUCGCAAGCAAUUUGGCCACCCGGCCCAGCUGCAAGUCAAUGGCCAUAAAUUUCUCAAGAGAUUUAUUUAUUUUUCGCUGGCCAAUUUACUUAUCAUGUCUGUGUCGAAAUUGGAGACGAGACUGCGCAAGCUGUUCAACGUUCCUCGCAAAGGUGAGACCUUUGAGUUCAGAGAAGGAUUGGUGUCGCAGUACGCCUCUGAGCGGAAAGACACCAUCCAGAGAGUCAUUGCGGCAAUGACGGUUGGCAAGGACGUGUCGUCUUUGUUCCCUGACAUUCUCAAGAACAUCGCCACCCACGACCAUGAACAGAAGAAAUUGGUGUAUUUGUAUCUGAUGAACUACGCCAAGACGAACCCAGAGCUCUGUAUUUUGGCGGUCAACACAUUUGUCCAGGACACCGAGGACCCCAACCCUUUGGUGAGGGCAUUAGCUAUCCGGACCAUGGGGUGUAUCAGAGUGGACAAAAUGACAGACUACAUUGAGAUUCCUCUGAAACGGACAUUGAAAGACGACAAUCCAUACGUCCGGAAAACCGCCGCCAUUUGUGUUGCCAAGUUCUUUGACCUCAAUUCCAGGCUGUGUGUUGAGCAAGGGUUUUUGGACGAGCUGAUGGACUUGUUGGACGACUCCAACCAGAUGGUGGUGGCCAACUCCAUAUCUGCCCUGAUAGAGAUCUCCAAGAGCACCAAUUCGAACUUCCUCAAGAUUGACUCCAAGAUCCUCAAGAAACUGCUCAUGACAUUGAACGAGUGCACAGAAUGGGGCCGAAUCUCCAUUCUCACCGCCCUGGCAGACUACAACGCCCAGGAGGUCGCCGAGGUGCAACACAUCAUUGACAGAGUGUCGCCCCAGCUGCAGCACGAGAACCCUGCUGUUGUUCUUAGCGCAGUCAAGGUUAUUAUUAAACAGCUCGACAAGGUGGAAGAAGACCAAAAGGAGUCUUUGCUCAAACGUCUCUCGUCGCCGUUGGUGUCGCUAUUGUCGACACCGCCAGAAAUCCAGUACGUGGCUCUCAGGAACAUCAGAAUCGUGCUCGAAAAGUACCCUGUGGUGCUCGCCAGAGAGCUCCGUGUUUUCUUCAUCAAGUACAACGAUCCAUUAUAUCUCAAGCUGGAAAAGAUCGACAUUCUGGUCAGACUCGCAGACGAGUCGAACGGACUGCUGUUGUUGGCCGAGCUUCGUGAAUACGCGCUGGAGAUCGAGCCAGAGGUGAUCAACAAGUCUGUCAAUGCAAUCGGCCAGCUGGCCAUGAAGAUCCCAAAGGUUUCCAAAAAAGCCAUCGAUGUGUUGUACGAGCUGUUCAUUUCCCGUGCAGACUCGCUCAUCGACCAGCUGGUUGUCGUGUUGCAGAACCUGCUCAGAAGAUACCCUACCGAGUAUCUCACCACCAUCAUCACCAUCAUCGGAGACCUGGAAUUCGACACUCUCAACACAAGUGAUGCCAUUGCGUCGUACGUGUGGAUCAUCGGGGAGUACUCCAGCGAGAUUGCUCAUCUGGAGGACAGACUCACAACUUUGAUGUCCCAGUUCCAGGACUCCGAUCCGGCGGUCCAGUCUGCUCUGCUGACCACUAUCGUGAAAAUCAACCUCACCAAGCCGACUCCCGUCACCCAGAAACUUCUGCAGCAGAUUUUGAACGAGGCUACCAAGGAGGUGGAAAACGCAGACGUCAGAGACAAAGCGUACAUCUACUGGAGAGUGUUGUCCACGGACGACGUCCAAUUGCAAAAGAAGAUCAUCAUGACCAAGCUGCCUGUGCUCGAGUCGACGAUCGACCACUUCCCUCCGCUGCUUCUGAACGAGCUGGUGAACGAGAUCUCGAACUUGGGGUCUGUCUACCACAAGCCUGCCUCCAGCUUCAUCAAGUCCAUUGACGGCGAACUGAUCAACACACAACUGCAGUCCAAGAAAUUGGAGGAGCUCCAGCAGCUUGCAAAGACAGAAAUCGUCAACAACACGGUCAAGGCCGAGAACUUGCUGGACUUUGACGACAACGACGAUUCUCCACAAAACUCUUCGGCAGCCGUCCCAAGCACAGGUAACGUGCUGGACGAGCUGAACGACCUGUUCUCUAACUUCUCGGCGCAAACCCCUCAACAGCAAACAGGCUCCAGCAUGAUCAACAACGCUAUAAAACAAACUGGGCCUGAUCAACCGCAGAAAAAAUCAUCCAAUGAAGACCUUUUGGAUUUAUUCUAA